AUGUCUUCGCCUCUAAAACGAAAGUCAAGCGUUAAAGAAAAGAAAAUAACACCAAAGAAAAGGGAAGACACAGUGACCGAGGGAAACUUGUCCCGCUCUGCAAGUCAAAACACCCAAGGCCAAGUGUCUCGGAAAAAAGAAUCGAAACGGCUUAUUGGAUACGUCCAUAAUCUAUCGCCAAAAAAACGGAAUAAAAAGGACACGUUAGACUAUUUAACACUUACCCUCCAAACGGAAGACACGUAUCAAGAUGUACUUUGCUACUCGAUGGCAAAGCGACCGUUGUUGAUGACGAGCAUGACGAGCCGCACACCGAUUAAAGUCGAUCAUUUCGCAAAAACCACGGACGGUAGCAAAGUCAUAAUUAACGACAUGACCAGCGUAGCCGUUCCAAAUCAAACAGAGUAUUCGUUCCAGUACACUGAACAAGAAGAUAACAUCACCUUCAUCAGUACGGUUAUCCAAGGGCAUGAUCCUCUCGAUAUUGUAAACGUACGCGGAAAAGUAGUGAAACUACUUCCAGAAACGACAGCGGGGCGGAUCACAAAGAGACUUCGAAAGGGUGCAUUCGUUGAUAGGACUGGCGUCAUUUUACUUCACUUAUGGGAACAAAAUAUCGGCGAAGUGGAAGAAGGCAAGGUUUACACCAUCACAAGUGCUCGUGUUGGCAUCUGGAAUGGCCACAAGUACCUUGGAACUACACGGCAGUCGGUUAUAACAGUCUGUUCGGGUGCUGUGGACGUCUCGGAUAUUCAUCCUGAUGAGAUCGAUCAACUUUUGAGUUCAGAGCGCGACACAGUUAUCGAAGUUGAGAACUUUGAUGCCAUAGAAUCCGUGACAAUCUACAAAGAGUGUGACAGGUGUUCCAAGCGGAUAAUACAAGCAUCAAGUAUAGCAUUCCUUCAUUGCGACCAGUGUGGGCGAUCAACACGGACUUCGUCUUGCAAAACAAACGUUUGUGCGAAAGUUCUUGUAAAAGAUUCAGAAAAGGGAAAAAACAUUCCUAUAACACUAUUUAACGAUGUUAUUGGAGAUCUGGUGCAAGAAUCAAAUACAAUGGAUAGUCGAGUCCUGGCUGAGCAACUGUUGAUGCUUGGUCGGAUGUCCAUAUCUUUCAAUAGUUCAACUGGUGUUGUGUCAAAGGUGACUUUGCUAUGA